AUCAGACUCACCCAGCCGCGGCCGGCGCCAUUUUAGGAGGGGCAGGAGCGGCACGCGAAGCGGGCGGGGCCCGGAGACCACCCCAGCGGCGCCCCUGGCCCCAUGACCUCCGACCCCGCCAGGCCCCGCGCCACGACCCCUCGGUGACCCCUGACCCCUCACCCAUGCCCCAGUGACCUCGGUUCUAGUCUGCGCCCUUUGACCUCCUGCUGCCCCCCCUGGAGCCAGGGUGGGAAUGGCCCACAGGGGGGGGCUGCCCCCGCCCCCUCCCCCCCCGCCCCCGCCCCCCCCACGGGCUCCCCAGGGCCAAGUUCUUCCAGGCGGCCCCGGCGCCCCGCAGCGGAGACGGGAUCCGGGAGCUGCUGAGCCGCAGGAAACCCAGCGCCAACUGGGUUCAGGACCUUGGGCCACUUCCUGUCCCAUAGUAGGGCAUUGCCACCUGGCCAUCAGAGAGCAGCCGCAUCCCAGCCCAGAGGUAGCCGCAGUCCCAGCAGCAGCUGAAGUCAGUUCUCCCAAAGCGCUCUGGGAGGAGACGAGAUCGUCUCAUUAAUUAUGCAGAGAAGAACGUGCUGGCGAGCGGGCGCUGGACGGCGAAUGGCCAGUGAGUGUUUCUUUGGUUCUGUCUUCCAGCUUUAGCGGGCAUUUCAAGUGGCUCCUCUACAACAGGGCGGUGCCUUCCUUAAUCCAAGAGGGGCCUCAGUGCGGGCUGGUGGCGCUGUGGAUGGCAGGCUCCCUCCUCAGUCUGUCCCAGGACGUCUCCCUGGAGAGGAUUCUGCAGGUGGCAUUGGAGAGAGGUUACACCGCCCAAGGAGAAAUGUUCUCAGCGGCUGACAUGGCCCAGCUGGCCGAGGAGGUGUUCCAGUGCCGGGCCGAGCUGCUCUCGGGAGGUCUGGAGGGAGAGAACCGGGGCAGGAUCCUUCGCCAUCUGACCGCUGGCUGCCCCCUGCUACUGCCCUACGACGAGGACUCCAACCACGAGCCCUGCAGGAGACGCGGCUACAAAGCCCACUGGGCCGUCGUCUCAGGACUUCUGCUGGGGCUCCAGGGCGGCGCCCUCAGCCCCGCCUGCCAGGAGGACGAGCAGAUCUCCGGCCUCUUCCACCCCGGCCCGGCCUGCCCCCCGCCCGCCCCGGAAGACGUGCUGGAGAUCUACCUGCUCUCCAAGCAGGGCAAGAGCUGGCGCCCCCAGCUGUGGAACUACCGGCAGGCACAUGAGAGCAACGCCCAGCUGAUGGACUUCUGCCCCAAGCGGGCGGGCGACGGCAAGGUCUACGUGGUGCCCGCAGGCGGCGUCAGGGCGGGGCUCUGCGGCAAGUCAGUGCUGCUUUACCCCAGGACCACGCAGCCAGGGCCACCCCCUGCUGCCGAGUGCUAGGAGACACUGGAGCACUGGGUGGAGGAGACGGCACAGUGCCCGCCUGCUGCAAGCUCCCUGCAUCCCUUGGACCCGCCCAUCCUACGAGGGACAGCAGGGCCUAGUGGGUGGAGCACUGAUCUGGGACUCAGGGGGCCUGGCUCUGCCACGCUUCCCCUCUCCGUGCCUCAGUUUCCCCUCCGCUAAAUGGGGCUGAUGAUCCUGCCCUCCUUUGCACAGCAGUGCAUGAGGAGGGGCAGGGUGUAUAAUACUCAGAUCCACCGAGGAGAGAGCCGCUGGGGUUAAAGUGCUGGGUGUGGCCCCGGCCCCUUUUCCCUGAGCCGCAGGAAGCGCUGAUGCCCGCUGGGCUGUGGCUGUGGGGGAAGAGCAGCUAUUUCAGGCCCUCUCCAGAGGACCUGCUGCUCUUCCCCCCAGUGACGCUUUUCAGAAUGUCCCAGAUUUCUGGUUUGGGGCCACGGCGCCAGGAAACGGCAGGUACUUGUGGCUGGCUCUGAAAAUAACUCAAUGCUUCCUGUCUGCCACCCGCCACUGUUAGCUCUUGAGAGCAGGGACUGGCUCUCAGUCGGGGCUAGUGCAGCGCCUGGCCCGACGGGCCCUGAUCUCGGCCUGGGUCUGGGCAGCGCCCGGCCCGACGGGGCCCUGAUCUCGGCCGGGGUCUGGGCAGCGCCCGGCCCGACGGGGCCCUGAUCUCGGCCGGGGUCUGGGCAGCGCCCGGCCCGACGGGGCCCUGAUCUCGGCCGGGGUCUGGGCAGCGCCCGGCCCGACGGGGCCCUGAUCUCUAGAGCUGCUGUCAUACACCUAACUUGGGAACUUUGAACCACGCCCAGCAAACCUGCAUUAAAGACAAAGGCUGUUUGGUUUCCACCA